AAACACCGGGAACUGCGGGAAAACACCGGGAAUUGCGAGAAAACGCCGGGAAUUGCGGGGAAAACGGCACGGCUGGAAGGGCUGAGGUUCUCUGAGCUCUGGGGGGAAGCUUCAGAGGGUUUUGAGCUGCUGAGUGCACUGAGGAUGAAACAUCUGGCUCUAGUGUAAUUUACCCAAUAGAGAAGAAGAAUUUGGGUCUUGGAGAUGUCUUUUUCUUCCCCUGUUGAGGAAAACACCUUAAAAGUGCAAAUGGACAGUCAGUGUUACCCUGAUGGCUGCCAAGUAGUUCCAGUUUGGAAGUUGGUGGCCAUGUGGCCAUCAGAAAAGGAAGAGGAGGAGACCAUAAUCCUGAUCAGUGAUGAUGAUGAUGAUGAAGUGCAGUGCCCAGAUGAUGAUGGUGAAGGGGAGAGCACCCAAGGGAGUUCUGUCCUGCUUGUAGAGCCACAAGAGAAAUCUCCCCUGGAAGAGAAUAAAUCAGAGGAAAUUGUGGAUGAGGAAGGGGAUUUGGUGGUCACCUACUGCAAGCAAGCAGAUGUGAUGCCUCACGCGAGACACGACUGCACCGUACACCCCUUCCAGAGAACAGAGAGUGAUACUUCCUCCCCCCUUGGGAAAAACGCAGAUAUUUGUGACGAGUGCUACUGCUACAUCUGUGACAAACUGGCUGCCAAGUGCCAGCUCUGGACAGCCCCUUCCCUGUGCCACUGUAAUGCCCACAACAAAAGCAACUUCUGGAAGGCGCAGAGGAACUCUGCCCUGGCUGGGAUCCUGGCCACCUUCAACCUGGAGCUGCUGGAGCUGGACACAGAGCUGCGCCACGGGGGAGAUCUCCUAGAAAAAUUCAUCAAGGAUCUUUCUCUAGCCUAUAACAAGUACCUGAUAGGAGAAAGGAUGUGUCCCCCAGGACAUGAAUGCUUCUGCAAACCAAAAUUGCCCCCAGGGCAGUGCAGUGUCUGCAGCUCACAGAACCUGGAGGUGGUGUACAGGUAUUCUGAUGUUUUCGAGCUGGUAACAAGAUUUUUAAAUCGGGCAGAACAAGAAAGCCCCAAAGCUGCUGCUGUCAUGCUGCUGGGAGCAGCUAAACAGAUUGCCCUGCACAAAGACCCUGCUCUGCUUAGGAACUGCCAGAGCCUUGGCCACACUGCUUCCCUAAGGAUUGCUGUCCCAUUUCUGUUCCAUAGGAUCACAACCCGCCUGCAGAGGAUGCUGGUGUUGUGUGACUUCCCAAAAAUUCUCUAUGAAAAGUUUGUUGACUUCUUUCAUUCCAUCUCCCUUCCCUGUCACUGCUUUGCCUUUGCAAACAGCUUGAAUGUUUUGCACUGGGACCACAUGUUACUGACCACAGUUUUAAAAGGGCAGAACAUCACUGGGCAGAGGAGACAGAAAGGAAGGAAAAUGUACCUGUGGGAGGCAUUCCCUGUUGUGGAAGCUCGAGUGGAGAAACUGCUGGAGAAAAAAAAGUACAAGGAGGUUGUUCGGUACCUGAGAGCUGUGAAAUGCAGUGAAAACGGAAGGCUCCGAGACCUUCGGGACCUGAUCCCGUUCUACCUGUGCAAAACUGGGAAUUUCCUGGAUGCUGCCCAUUCCCUGCUGAUCCCUGUGAACAGCCUGGCCUGCUGCACUGCCUGCAGGAUCACUCCCUGCCAGUUCAAGAUCUACCUCAAGAUCUUCAGGACAGGCUGUGUUCCCUCUGGGAAUGAGAUGCUGGAGACAGGGCCCUGGCUUACAGCUGGCUCUCCCCUGAGGAACACUGUGCUAAUUAAGCAGGCACUCAAACUGCUCUACAGCAGUGAGGCACUCUACAGGAACGCCAAAUGUUGGAGUUCGUUCAUCAUGAUUUUGGGGAGCAGCAAUUUGCUGGAAAAGAGGGGGAACCUGCUUCCCUUAUCCCUGAAGGAGCCCCCCCUUAGCUUCCAAGAGAAUGUGCUGGCUGCCAGUGCCAACUUCCUGAAGGAUCUCAAGUCUGGAGUUAAUGUCUCUUUACCAUCUGCUAUUUUCACUGGUGAGCUGCACCAUGAGGCUUCUUUCAUCCUGGCAGUGCAAGCAGUGCAGCAGAUGCUUUGUUGUGACCUUCCCCACUUGAAUUCCUUCAUAGAGCUAGUCCUGGCUUUUGGGAAAAACUUCUGGCCUCUGAGGCUGUUGCUGGACCAACUUUCCUAUGAGGAGCACAUCCUGUGUGGCACUGCCAACCUGCUUUUGAGGGAUCUGAGUCGGGAGAAAGCCAUGAUGCUGAGAGUGUGGGAGAACCUUGGUCCUCAGUACGUGGGGGAGUUCCUGUGCCUGUUCCUGACCUCCAGACACAAGAGGAUGCAAUCCGUGGGGCUCCUCAGCCUCAACAUGGUCAUAGAGAACCUGCACCUAUGUCCCUGGGCAAAGCAGCUCUGCACCUUUUUCCACGAAUCAGGGUUGAGGCAGCUCCCCUUUGGCACCACAGUUCACCACGAAGUUUCCAAGUUUGUCAGUGCCUUUGAGAAGCUCUGAUUUGGACCAAAUCCUCAGGAAUGUUUUCCAUUUGUUUUUUUUGCAUCUGAGCGGUCUCUUCCUGGAGAGUUCCUUGGGUUUGCUGUUGUUGUUACCUCCAGGAGCCGUCAGCUAAAAACUGACUUUGCUGGCUCUGCAGUGGGAACAGAGCCACGUUUUGGGAGUUUGUUGGCAGUUCCACAUAUUAAGGAGUUGUUGGAAGAGGCAGCAGGUUGGAGUCGCUUCCAGAAGCUGAGAAAAGCAGGGAAACACAGAUGGAGCAAGAAGCAGCAAAGGAUUUUUCCUCCUGUUGGGACACAAACCAAACUGCUGAGAGGGAAAAGCUUUAACCCAGGAGAAGGAGCUGACAACUCUCUCUGCAGCAGUUUGGGGUCAGGUGCUCUGAUUUUGGGUUUCAUUCUAAACCAGGAGGCUGGAAGAUAAAACUGAGCUUUACAACCCUAGGGUGGGGCAGCCAAGAGCUGAGUUUACUUGAAAAUAAUCCAGAUUUCAAGCUGGGGUUUUAUUUUCUGCUGAGAAGAAGGUUUAGGUUGGUGCUGGUGCCUCUGUGCAUUUCCCAAAUCAUAAUUCUGGGGGGAAUUAGGAGUUCACUCCGACCUGGGGAGAUGAAAGAACCUUUUGGAGCCUGGUCUGGGCUCUGUCCCUCUCUGCACUGCUUGGGCAAGCAGGAAAACAAACCUUAAUAUGUGACCCAACUGCACUUUGCACAAUUCCAAGGGUCUGGGGGCUUCUGCAACUCCUGUCAGCCCAAAUUUCCUAAAAAAAAAAUGCACCUGGAUGGAAA